CUGCUUUUUUUCAGAGGGUGGAUGUACCACGCUUUCUUAAAAUCGGACCUCUUUAAGGGGCAUCAUGUGGCACACCUGAAAUCAUGAUUUCCUUGCUGGAUAUUUCUUCAGUCAUGCUCUUCUGAUGUUAGGAGACUAUCCUUUGGAGUUAUAAUGGCUUUUAAAUGGGAACAUGAAGAAAACCAGCCUUGUAAGAGAAUCUGUAUGUGAGAAGUGAUACAAAUUACUAUAAAUAAUCAUGACAACUUCUCAUAUGAAUGGACAUGUUACAGAAGACUCUGACAAUGAAACAAAAAAUAUGGAUCUGGCAUCACCUGAGGAACCUCAGAAGCACAGAGAAAUGGCAGUUGAUUGCCCUGGGGAUUUGGGCUCCAGGAUGAUGCCAGUACGACGAAGCACUCAACUUGAGCGGAUUCGCCAGCAGCAGGAGGACAUGAGGCGUAGACGAGAAGAAGAAGGAAAGAAACAAGAACUCGACCUCACUGCUUCAAUGAGGCUUAAGAAACUAGCACAGAUUCCUCCUAAAACUGGAAUAGAUAAUCCCAUGUUUGACACAGAAGAGGGAGUCAUUCUGGAGAGUCCUCAUUAUGCUGUGAAAAUACUAGAAGUGGAAGAGCUGUUAGCUUCUCUUAAGCAUAUCCAACAUACUUUGGUAGACCCUCAGAGCCAAGAAGAUAUCGCACUCAUUUUGCAGCUUGUCCAAAAUACUGAUUUUCAGAAUGCAUUUAAGAUACACAAUGCUGUCACAGUGCACAUGAACAAAGCCAGCCCUCCAUAUCCUCUUAUCUCCAAUGCACAAGAGCUAGCACAAGAGGUACAGUGUGUUUUGAAACCCAGUCACCAGAAAGAUGGGCAGGAGCUUAGUGCAUUGCUGAAUGCCCCUCACAUUCAGGCACUUUUAUUAGCACAUGAUAAGGUUGCAGAGCAAGAAAUGCAGCCAGAGCCAGUGACAAAUGAAAAGGUCUAUGAAAACAUUGGCCUGUAUGGUGGGGAGACUGUGAAAAUAGUUCGCAUAGAAAAGGCUCGAGAUAUUCCAUUGGGUGCUACAGUACGCAAUGAAAUGGAUUCUGUCAUUAUUAGCCGAAUAGUGAAAGGAGGAGCUGCAGAGAAAAGUGGGUUAUUGCACGAAGGGGAUGAAGUGUUGGAGAUUAAUGGCAUUGAGAUUCGUGGAAAAGAUGUAAAUGAAGUUUUUGACUUGCUGGCUGACAUGCAUGGCACUCUGACAUUUGUGCUGAUACCCAGUCAACAGAGCAAGCCACCUCCUGCCAAAGAGACAGUUAUACACGUGAAAGCACAUUUUGACUAUGAUCCUUCUGAUGAUCCUUAUGUACCUUGCCGAGAGUUAGGUCUGUCUUUUCAAAAAGGAGAUAUACUCCAUGUGAUCAGCCAAGAAGAUCCAAACUGGUGGCAGGCCUACCGAGAUGGAGAUGAAGACAAUCAGCCUUUGGCAGGCCUUAUCCCAGGAAAGAGCUUUCAACAGCAAAGAGAAGCAAUGAAGCAAACCAUAGAAGAAGACAAGGAGCCAGAGAAAUCAGGAAAACUCUGGUGUGCAAAGAAAAAUAAAAAGAAACGGAAAAAAGUUUUGUACAAUGCUAAUAAAAAUGAUGACUAUGAUAAUGAAGAAAUUUUAACAUAUGAAGAAAUGUCACUGUAUCACCAGCCAGCAAAUAGGAAAAGGCCUAUUGUCCUUAUUGGCCCACAGAACUGUGGCCAGAAUGAAUUACGUCAGAGACUAAUGAAUAAUGAAGUAGAUCGCUUUGCAGCUGCAGUUCCUCAUACCACUAGGAGUAGGCGAGAGAAUGAAAUAGCUGGCAGAGAUUACCAUUUCAUCUCACGACAGGCGUUUGAGACUGACAUAGCUGCAGGGAAAUUUAUUGAGCAUGGCGAGUUUGAGAAGAAUCUGUAUGGUACCAGCAUAGACUCUGUGCGGCAAGUAAUCAACUCUGGCAAGAUAUGCCUUUUAAAUCUUCAUACACAGUCAUUGAAGACCCUACGCAAUUCAGACUUGAAGCCAUAUAUUAUCUUCAUUGCACCACCUUCACAAGAGCGAUUACGUGCUUUAUUAGCCAAAGAGGGUAAAAAUCCCAAGCCAGAAGAACUAAGAGAAAUCAUAGAGAAGACCAGAGAGAUGGAACAGAACAAUGGCCACUACUUUGAUACAGCAAUUGUGAAUUCUGAUCUUGAUAAGGCAUAUCAGGAGCUACUUCGUUUAAUAAACAAACUUGACACGGAACCUCAGUGGGUGCCAUCCACCUGGUUACGAUGAAAAAGAACAAUUCUAAGGGACAAGCAGACUUUUAUCCAGCGGUCUAUCAAAGGGAGAUAGCACAUGAAUCAAUACAGCUUAAAUGAUAAGAUAUAAUGUGAGUGCUAGACUUGUGGAUGCACCCCCUUGAUAGUUGGUGUAUUAGUGAAGAAAAUCCAUUAGGCAAUUCACGAACAGAAUGAUGUGCUGUUUAAAGGUUUUCUUCUCAUCUUUGGACUAGAAAUGGAAACUCUUAGCAAGCCAGUACAAUUUUUAACAAUUUAAAUAGCCUUUCUAGCAGCUGUUCUACACCAAUAUGACUUUUCUAUCUAAAAUCACCUUUCUUUAAAAGCUAAGAUUUCAAAUGUGUGUAUAUACAGUCAGUGUUGUCACAUAGUUAGCAAUAUUAUUUAACACUUAAUGAUCUUUUGGGACAUGACAGUAGUUUGUGAAUAUGCCUUUUACAAAAACAUGGGAGAGAAAUUAUGAGAGAAUCUCCUCUUUUACAAUACAUAGAAUCAAGUUGCUGCUUUGGUCUGGAGCUGCCUGGUUAGGCUUGACUUUCUUUUUUAAUUAUUUACAUUCCACUUUCUGAGCGCACUGUAAUUUGGGAAAUGUGUAUAAUGUAAAUAAUUCAACCGUUGUCUUUUUAGUCAAACUUUGUAAAUCAGAUUUGACUGCACAUUAACCUUAGGUCCAUGAAAGAGUAAUAUGUACUGAUGUUUUAGAUGUGAUAUUUUUAUGGAAUUUUGUUUUUCUUUAAAGCUUAUCAGUUGAUUUGGGAGCCAUUGCUUCCCACAGAUUUAUAGAGAUGUUUAGGAGGCAGAAGUUAUAUUUUUAUUAAAAAAAAAAAUCUUUUAAAACAUACUGAUAUAAAAAAAUCUUAGUAAUGUAAACAGUUAUGUUUAUAACAAAAGGAUACUGACUAAAUGGGCAGUUGGAGUGCGUGUUUUUAUUUUUAUAUUUGGCCAUAGUAUGUCUUAUGGAUGGCCAUACAGAUAAUUAACUGGAAUUAAAACCACUGAAUGUAGCUACUGUAAGUACACCAGUUGUGAAUUUAGCACAGAUUAUUGUGCUGCAUUUGCUCAAUUCUGCAGUAAAAGUGGCUUAAAAAAUACUGGUAACUGACAUACAAAAGAGAACUGUUAAGAAAAGAUCCUGAGAAAUGGAAGCAUAUCUAUAGCUAUCCUGUCCUGCUAAGUUCAGCAUGUCCCUAAAGACUAGCCUAAGCUGUGAAAGUUCUGCAGCUGUCAAAUCCACAGCAGGGCUAUUCUAAGCAUUGAAAGUAAAUGUUAUCUUUUAGCUUUUUAUUUGUUACGGGGAUAGCAUGAACAACCUUAAAUGUGAAUGUUGAGUCUUCUUAUUUAGCCAGUGUUUUGUUGUUCCCUCAGUUAAACACUGGAAGUAUGUCAAUGUGUAGCUGAAUUAAAUAUAUAACAGUAAGAAAGGAAAAGUUAGUCUUCACUAUUUGUGUAUAUAUUUUCUGCACAGAUUUUUAAUAGAACAAAUGCAAGUAAAAUUGUUUGCCUUUGUGUCCACAGUUUAUUAGCUCUAGGCUAUGCAGAGAAUGAGUACAGGAUGAAAGUUAUUUAAAAUCACUUUUUACAUUAACAUUCCUAUAUUGCAGUGUGACAAGUAGCACAAUCUCUGCAGCUAAUCUAGAAGAGCCCCAGUAAAUUGAAAUGGAGAGAAGUCAUAUGUUGUGUAAUAGAUUUUAGAAUCAAGGUACAUAUUUUCUUAGUGAACAUGCUAUGUCUUAAAAAUCAGGAGGGCCAUUCACUAACAUGUCUCCAAGGCAGGUGUUGAAAGCCUUAAAUGACACAAACUGCAUAUCAUGUUUAGGCUAAUAGCUAGCAUGUUUUAAAUUAGCUCUGAGUCAAGGUGCCCUGCAUUGUAUUAAUGAUAGGUACUUUUUAACAUUUUAGAUUGGUGUGAGAGAGCUACAUAAUUCAGGUGCUAGGGUGGCUACUGUAUUAUCCAUCAAUUCUUUAAUGUUUGCGCAUCUCAAGUUAUAAAUUAACUUUUCACUUUAACAACUCUUUUUUUGGUUUGUUGAGAGAGUGCAAUCUUUAGAGAGGCAUCUUUAAAGGUCACAAAGUAAUUUUUCAAAAUUUCACUCAGUAUUACUGAACCCUGACAAAUUAUGUUGUUGUUAAAUAAUGUUAAUGUUGGGUGAAUGCUGGUAAAUCUCACCAUUGUGUGUCUUCCUCUGAAUUUUCUAAGAUGGCUGGACUUUAAAUAGGCUUUAGUAUCCAGUAGUUUUAUAGUGGGAGUGUGAGAUGUGCAGCUUGUAUCCUUUGUUUUUUAAGUAAGAGCAUCUGUUGGAUUUCACAGUGCACCAUUUAUGUAAGUAAGAUGGUAAAUGAAGCUCAUAGGAAGUCAGUAUUUGCUCUGUAAUGUUGACAUGCUAGAGCAGUAUUGAGAACAGCAGUUCAGAGAGCUAAGUCCUGAGUCAGAUGGGUGUCUAUCACCAGUUUGAUCUAGUAUUGCCUGACCAUGGAGUAGUAGGAAAGCAUUUUCUACUAUUUUGUUAGGAAGGAAGGGUCUCUGCUCAGACUUGACUGCUGGAAGAAAACACUAGGCCUUGUCACCUAUUUAAGAGCAAGUUAAAAGGGGAAGGUAGCUAUACUUUUACCAAUCCAGAUUUACUGAAAAAUUGGUUUCACUAUCUGAAUUAAACAAAACUAUUGAGGAUUAUGAAUGUAAUUUUAUGUAGCUUUGUGUAAUGUAAGAUGGGGCUCACCACAGGUUAUAGUUAAUGUUCUGAGUUGUCAAAUCCCCAACUUGUACUUCUGUAUCAUGUAUCUGCACUCUAUUUUGAGACCUCAUGAAUGGCACACUAUGUAAAAAAUGUAAAAUACUACUAGACAAAAUAAAUCACUACACUUUU